AUGGCAACGUUAGAUGAGCGCUACUUGGACGGACCGAACGUUGGAUAUUGUUCUUCGUCCGAUGAGGAUGAACCAGAGCCAUCAGCACCAUCAAAGGGACCAUCGGACCCAAGGAAUGCGCCACAAACCGGUCCCAAGGGAGUUUUGACCGACUAUCGGGAUGCUCAACAUGCUAUGAAGUAUAAGCAAUUGCUACAGGAGAAAAAAGUGAGAUUUUAGAUUGAAAUUUUGGUAUUUUAGGUGUUGAUGAAGUAUGGUGAUGUUUCUGAGCUUUAUGAUAAAAUCCUCGGGUUGCCAUGGUCAAUAUAGAGAAAAGAGAACAUUCUAAUUAAUUUUGUAUUGAUUUUAAUGGAGUUUCAUGAUAUUAGCAGCUUUUACGCGAGUUUUAAACAUAAAAAGGAAAAAUUUUCUUUUUGAAGGCUAAAACAAUAUAAAUCGAACUAAAACUCAAAUUAAAUCAAACACCUUAAUUUAAAAAUUACAAAAAAUAUUAUCUUCUAUAUCUACAGUAUUUUUUUAGUUACUGAAAGAAGCGGAAAGAUUUUCAUUGUCUGGAAAGAAGGAAGAAUCCGACGAUGAUGAGGAUGCGUUGGAAGCUAUCAGGCAAAAGCGUCUAGAACACUUGAAAAACAUGAAUCGAACUCGAAUUGUAGAGUUACCUAACAAAGAUGAGUUCCUUAACGUUAUCGAAAGCACAAAAGAAAUGGGAGACGUCGUGAUUCACAUCUAUCGUGACGGUCUUGAAGCUACACAGACACUCAAUGAAUCUUUGUUGGACUUGGCUUCUCAGACCAAAAAUACGCGGUACUACAAGGUCAGGGCGAGUGUUUUGGAUCUGACUAAACAGUUUGUAAGUUAUCUUGAUGAAUUUAAGAGAAUAGAAGCACAAUUGCAAUAAAUAAAUAAAAGAAAACGAAUGAUCUACUAUAAUAUAAUUUUAGAAGGAAACAGCUCUGCCAACCUUGCAAAUCUACUCAAAGGAACGAUUGGUUGGUAAUUUUGUACGAAUUACUGACCAGCUGUCGGAAGAUUUUGACGUUCGUGACCUGAAAAACCUCAUACUUGAACACCAAGUGUCGCUUCAAUUCAAAUGA